AUGAAUAAAAGUUGGUUGAAUAUUAGGAAUAGAGUUGACCAAAAAUAUAGAGACGGAGUAGAAGGUUUUCUUAAUUGGGCAUUCAGUCAACCCAAGGUGAACACUAUGAUUCGAUGUCCUUGUAAAGGAUGUAUGAACACUGUGUUUAAGCUAAGAAUUGAUAUAAGAGUAGACUUAUUAAAGAAGGGAUUCUGGGAUUCUUAUAAGGUGUGGGACUUGCAUGGAGAAGUGUUGGUUAGAGUUGAAAAUUCUAAUGCCGCACUUAAUGAUGAAGUAGAUGUUGAUAGCGCUGAAGAGGAUGACAUUACUCAAAUGAUCCAUGAUGCUUAUGGAUAUAUGAAUCUGGAUAAUAAUGCUACUUAUUCGGAGGGAAAUGAAGAGCCAAAUAUAUAUGCUACAAAGUUCUACAAAUUGUUAGAAGAUGGUAAGACAGAACUUUAUCCUGGUUGCACAAAAGUCUCAAAGUUGUCUUUUGUUGUUAAAUUACUUCACUUGAAGUCACUUAACCAUUGGAGCAACAAAUCGAUGGAUGAGUUAUUAAGGUUGUUUAAAGAAGUUCUUCCCGAGGGGUCAUUUGUACCUAGUUCUUUCUAUGAAGCAAAGAAAGUUCUUCAUGACCUAGGCUUGGGAUAUACCAAAAUAGAUGCAUGCCAGAAUGAUUGUAUUUUAUAUUGGAGCGAUUAUGUCAAUGCUCAAUCAUGUCCUAAGUGUGGCAAGUCUAGAUGGAAGUCAGUAAAACCCAAAGGCAAGAAAGUAGCUCAUAAAGUGUUGCGAUAUUUUCCAAUCAAACCAAGGCUUCAAAGAUUAUACAUGGAAAAAGAGACAUCAAAGAAGAUGAGGUGGCACAAGGAGGAGAAUAUUGAUGACGAUGUCAUGUGUCAUCCAUCUGACUCAAUAGAAUGGAAAUUUUUCAAUGAGCAUCAUCCUACUUUUUUAGCUGAGUUAAGAAAUGUGCGAUUAGGUUUAGCAAGUGAUGGGUUUCAACCAUUUGGAAAUAUGAGUUCCAAUCAUAGUAUAUGGCCUGUCGUUCUAGUUACAUAUAAUUUGCCACCAUGGGAUUGCAUGAAAGAUCCAUAUUUCAUGAUGACACUUCUUAUUCCAGGACCUAAGUCUCCAGGGAAUGAUAUUGAUGUAUAUUUACAACCAAUGAUUGAUGAGUUGAAGGAAUUAUGGGAUGGGGUGGAGACUUAUGAUGCACACUCAAAAUCUAAUUUUCUUAUGCGUGUGGCUCUGCUCUUGACGAUUAAUGACUUUCCAGCAUAUGGAAACCUUUCAGGAUGGUCAACUAAAGGCAAGCUUGCAUGUCCCUGUUUACAUAAAGACACACAAUCAAUUUCCUUACGCAACAAAUUAUGUUAUAUGGGGCAUCGUUGCUUCCUUCCCAUGAACCAUCCAUGGCGUAAAAAUAGGAUGUUAUUUGAUGGGAAAGUGGAAAUGGGGAUCGCACCUAGCCCUUUAACAGGUGAUGAACCACUUAUGCAAUUAUAUGAGUUAGGCAAUGUGAGUUUUGGUAAAGUGCAAAAGCGAAAGCGUAAUGUUUCUAACAAUGCUUAUAAUUGGAAGAAGAAAAGUAUAUUUUUUCAAUUACCUUAUUGGAAGAGUCUUAAGUUAAGACAUAACCUUGAUGUGAUGCACAUAGAAAGAAAUGUAUCCGACAAUAUUUUAUCAACUGUGAUGAGUAUGGUUGGUAAGACAAAGGAUACAUUGAAAAGUAAAUAUGAUUUGGUGGACCUUGGUAUUAGGCAAGAGUUGCAUCUAAUUGAGGACGGGGAUAAUAUUUUGUUGACGGCAGCUUGCUAUGCAUUGUCCCUUCAAGAGAAGUUGAAGUUAUGCAAUUCCAUACCAAUCGGCUUUCAUUUCCACUUGAAAAUGGGUAGCCUCUGA